CCAGCUCCCGGUUCCCCAAAUCGGGCAUUCAGUGUAUGUAUACUCUUUUUUGAUUCCACAAACUUUCUCAUCCGGAUGGGAGUUUGUGUAAGCUCCGAUAAAUGGAAUGACGUUGGGGAGUCCGAUGACGGGGGCGUAUCAGAUUGAUAUCAACCACCACAAAAUAUUUGAUACGAACAGAAGAGAUAUCAAGAGACGGGUGCUGCCAUAUGUACCAGAUAAAUACCGAGAAACCCCGCUCUUGAAUAUAAUGGUGGACGCGAAUGCACACUCUCUCACAAGCCAGCCAGCCAGCCUGUGAGAAAGGCACGGCAUCAGGAUAUGGUCACCUCGAAACGGGCCCAAGCACCGCGCCAGAAGAGAAGUCACAGAUAUCACAGUCUUUUCUUCUUUACAUACAGAACGUGUGUACCUGAGGCAAUGAAUAAUGGAAAGGUACCUGGUGCCAAAGUUUAAAUCUGAGAAAUAGGUCGACCAGGAAGCCACCGUCAAACACAAAACCCAAGGACCCCCUCACUUACACUGACUGGCAAGAAGCUCCUCCUCCCUUUCACUGACACAAGCACAUCUGGACCGCCGCCGACGGGAGGGACGCCUUGGUUGCAGCCCAGACAGGCCACACCACACCACACACCGUUUACUUUCCGUCGUCGCUGCUGCUGCCAUUUCAUUCCAUAAAUACAAAUUGCGACCGACCGACCGACCUACCAGCCAUAUCUUUUUCUCUUUAAAAAAGCUCGACUGAAUCCCCCCCUCAGCCCGCAGCCUCCCCCCAUCCUUUGUUCUUGACUCCUUUUUGCCCGAACACGACAAACAAGGAACACACAUACACACACAACUCCCAGAUCAAACUUCAAUUUUUGACUAUCCUAAGAAACUUGGCCUCCUUUUAUCCUAUCAAUUGCUAUACACAUUAGAAACUCUUGAUCCCCCAUUUCCAUUUCACCGCGACGUGUGCGGUCUCCUUGGCCACGGCAUUCCCGGUUAUCCCAACAAAAGAAAAACCCCAUCAUCCUAACCACCAAGUCCGUACGGCCGGCGUCCCGUUUCUGGAGUGCACACACGCGACGACCCCGCCGCUUCUACCUUAGCUCCCAUUUUAGUACCUACCACUACGAGCUUGUUGUACCUCUGCUACCCUAGCUUCGCAGCUGUCACAGGACGAACCGAGCUACCCUCAGACCGAAAGCUUCUGCUUUCUUGUCGUCACGGGACUUUCUAGCGACCGAAGAUCACAACGUUCUGUUUUUCUAGGGGAAUUAUACCGAUACUUACUGUACCUUUCAUCUCCAGGUAGGUUAUUGCUUUCUUCACAUGGCAUCUUGUACAAGACUGGUUGGGACCCUGGGAUAUAUUGCCGACCCCUACUCCCGCACUUACACAUGGGAUCGAGCUCCACCAAACCCGCGGCCCCGAGACGGCUCUAAAGUUUCCCGGGGCUUGAUGCCGGACAGUCCCCCCUUCGUUUUCCGAGACUUUGGCCAACUCGAUCCAAACAAAGUGACGAAAAGCCCGCGACCGCAAGCCCACCACGCCGAGCGCUUGUUGCCGACCAAAACCGGGGGCAGGGGGGGCCCCGCUCCCCUUCUUGGCGCCGUCAACAACUCACUUGAACCAAAACCACCAUGACGGCACUGACGUCGGCUGGUCACCCCCCCUUCCCCCCAUGCGUCCGGAGGACGAGUUGAUUGCCGGAUUCUUGCCCGGGUGGAUUUUCUGCACAUCUUACCAAAAAGAAGAACAAACCAGGUCGGCUAACUUGAUGUGUGUGAAGAGUGUGUUGUUGUGCUUCGCGCUUUGAAAGGACUGCCUAUUCGACCGUGUACGUUUACCGAAUCGCGAGCUGCUUGCUCUACCACUUGCUUUGUGAUAUAAUAAGUUGGGGUAAAAGGUUUCAACUUGGAAAGCAAAAACAAGAGCUGGUCAGCAACCCUUUUUUUCUCCUCCCCUUUCCUCAGCCACUCUCCCUCCCCAUUGUUUUGGUUUAUAUUUGCCUGUUGUUGGUCUUUCGUCGUUUUUGAAUACAACGCCGGCCGCCCGUCAUGUCCUCAUUCAAGCAAGAAGCUGAAGUUGGUCGGACUAGGGGACCCGAAGCAAUGGGAUCAAUGAAGAACGACAACCUCCCCGCCGCCAGCGAUUUCCUCCACACGCCCCUCGUCCGGGCGGCGCUUCCUUUUAUCAAUGGCGGCCUCAGCGGGAUGGUUGCCACGACGGUGAUUCAGCCCGUCGACAUGAUCAAGGUGCGCAUCCAGCUUGCGGGCGAGGGUGUGGCUGGUGGACCGAAGCCGACGCCCAUCUCGGUGACUCGCGACAUCUUGGCCAGCGGAAAGGCGCUCGAUUUGUAUACCGGGCUCUCGGCCGGUCUGCUCAGACAGGCCGUGUACACGACCGCCCGCAUUGGGUUUUUCGACACCUUUAUGGGCAGCCUGUCGGCCCGGGCCAAGGCGAACGGAAAGCAGGUUGGCUUUUCGGAGCGUGCCACUGCUGGUUUGUCGGCCGGUGGUCUGGCUGCCAUGCUGGGCAACCCGGCCGAUCUGGCGUUGAUCCGCAUGCAGAGUGAUGGGUUGAAGCCGGUGGCCGAAAGGAAGAAUUACAAGUCUGUGAUUGAUGCCCUCACUUCGAUUGCGAAGAGCGAGGGCGUUGGUGCUCUUUGGGCCGGUGCGGCUCCGACGGUGGUGCGUGCCAUGGCGCUCAACUUUGGGCAGCUGGCUUUCUUCAGCGAGGCCAAGGCGCAGCUGAAGCAGCGGACGCAGUGGUCGGCCAAUGCUCAGACUCUGACGGCCAGCGCAGUGGCUGGGUUCUUUGCUUCGUUUUUCUCCUUGCCGUUUGACUUUGUCAAGACGAGGUUGCAGAAGCAGUCGAGGGGGCCGGACGGGAAGCUGCCUUACAAGAGCAUGGUGGAUUGCUUUGCCAAGGUGGCGAAGCAGGAAGGGGUGAUGAGGUUUUAUAGAGGGUUUGGGACGUAUUAUGUGAGGAUUGCGCCGCAUGCGAUGGUCACUUUGAUUGUGGCUGAUUACCUUGGGUGGCUGACCAAAUAA